GGGCGCUAGUGGAAGGAAGCCUCUCGGAGAGGGGGCAGGGCUUUUAAUUUCUUUCCCUCGACGGUUCCCGGUCCCUUUCCUUGUGAGAGCGCGUGGGAAGCAGGUGUGCCGCCGUAGCCGCACCAGGGUAGCACCGCUGCGAUGAAGCCGCUUUGGGGUCUCGGCCUCCUCUGCGUUCUCCUCCUGGCCGCCUCAGUCCAAGCUGAUGAGGUAGAUGUAGAUGGCACAGUGGAGGAUGACCUUGGUAAAAGCAGGGAAGGAUCUCGAACCGAUGAUGAAGUUGUUCAGAGGGAAGAGGAGUCUAUUCAGUUAGAUGGUUUAAACGCAUCCCAAAUAAAGCAAAUUAGAGAGAAGUCAGAAAAGUUUGCAUUCCAGGCUGAAGUAAACAGAAUGAUGAAGCUUAUUAUCAACUCUCUUUACAAAAAUAAAGAGAUCUUCUUGAGGGAAUUGAUUUCAAAUGCAUCUGAUGCUCUAGACAAAAUACGACUGCUUUCACUAACUGAUGAAAAAGCUCUUUUUGGUAAUGAAGAACUCACAAUAAAAAUCAAGUGUGACAAAGAGAAGAAUAUGCUUCAUGUUACAGACACUGGCAUUGGCAUGACUAAAGAAGAACUAAUAAAAAACCUGGGUACCAUUGCCAAGUCUGGUACAAGUGAAUUUCUAAGUAAGAUAACUGAGAUGCAGGAAGAGAACCAGUCAACUUCUGAGUUGAUUGGUCAGUUUGGUGUUGGCUUCUACUCUGCUUUCCUUGUGGCAGACAGGGUUAUUGUCACAUCAAAGCACAACAACGACACUCAACACAUCUGGGAAUCUGACUCAAAUGAAUUCUCUGUAAUUGAUGAUCCUCGAGGAAACAGCUUAGGGCGAGGCACUACUAUAACUCUUGUUCUAAAGGAAGAAGCUUCAGACUAUCUUGAGCUGGAUACAGUUAAAAACUUGGUCAGGAAAUAUUCACAGUUCAUAAACUUCCCUAUAUAUGUGUGGAGUAGCAAGACUGAAACUGUAGAAGAACCUCUUGAGGAAGAAGAAAUGAAGGAGAAGGAGGAGACAGAUGAAGAAGCUGCAGUGGAGGAAGAAGAGGAAGACAAAAAGCCAAAAACUAAGAUGGUUGAAAAAAACUGUAUGGGAUUGGGACUUAUGAAUGACAUCACGCCCAUUUGGCAGAGACCAUCUAAAGAAGUUGAAGAAGAUGAAUACAAGGCUUUCUACAAAUCAUUUUCUAAGGAGACUGAUGAACCCAUGGCUUACAUUCACUUUACUGCUGAGGGAGAGGUGACCUUCAAGUCCAUCUUGUUUGUUCCAACGACUGCUCCACGUGGCUUAUUUGAUGAAUAUGGAUCCAAAAAGAGUGAUUUUAUAAAGCUGUAUGUCCGGAGAGUUUUCAUCACAGAUGACUUCCAUGACAUGAUGCCUAAGUACCUUAACUUCGUCAAGGGUGUUGUAGAUUCAGAUGAUCUUCCUCUAAAUGUAUCUCGUGAGACUCUACAGCAACACAAACUGCUAAAGGUUAUCAGGAAGAAACUUGUCCAAACACUUGAUAUGAUUAAAAAGAUUGCUGACGAAAAAUACAAUGAAACAUUCUGGAAAGAAUUUGGAACAAACAUCAAACUUGGAGUUAUUGAAGAUCAUUCAAAUCGCACUCGUCUAGCAAAAUUACUUCGCUUCCAAACUUCUCACCAUGAGACUGAAUUGACUAGUCUAGACCAAUAUGUAGAAAGAAUGAAGGAGAAACAGGAUAAAAUCUAUUUCAUGGCUGGAUCAAGCAGAAAGGAGUAUUUUAUACACUCGCUUCGUAGGCUGAAAUCUUCACCAUUUGUAGAACGACUUUUGAAAAAAGGCUAUGAAGUAAUCUAUCUGACUGAGCCUGUAGAUGAAUAUUGCAUUCAGGCUCUCCCAGAUGUUGAUAACAAAAGGUUCCAGAACGUAGCUAAAGAAGGAGUAAUUGAGGAGAGUGAAAAAUCAAAGGAAGCCCGUGAAGCUUUAGAAAAGAAUAUGAAACCCCUUCUAACUUGGAUGAAAGAUAAAGCUCUGAAAGAUAAGAUUGAAAAAGCAGUGUUGUCUCAGCGAUUAACUCAGUCUCCAUGUGCUCUUGUGGCUAGUCAGUAUGGAUGGUCUGGCAAUAUGGAAAGAAUUAUGAAGGCUCAGGCUUACCAGACAGGCAAAGACAUUUCUACAAAUUACUAUGCAAGCCAAAAGAAGACAUUUGAAAUAAACCCUAGACAUCCCCUCAUAAAAGACAUGCUCAGACGUAUUCAGGAAAAUGAAGAAGAUCAAACAGUUGCUGAUCUUGCUGUGGUUUUAUUUGAGACUGCUACCCUAAGAUCAGGGUAUCUACUACCCGAUACAAAGGAAUAUGGAGAAAGGGUAGAAAGAAUGCUUCGUCUGAGCCUGAACAUUGACCCAGAAGAAAAGGUGGAAGAAGAACCAGAAGAACCAGAAGAUGCUGCUGAAGAGGUAGAACAGGAAGAGGAAAUAGAAGCUGAUGAAGAUGCUGAAGACAGUGAAUCAAAGGAGCCCACAGAUGUAAAGGAUGAAUUGUAAAGUGCACUCUCACAAAUAGUAUCCUGUGUCUGGGAUGAAGCAGGAAUGUGAACUAAAUUUGUUUUGUUUUGGUUUUUUUUUUCACUGUAAAAUGUUGGGGGGAGGCUUAGGGUUAUGGGCAGGAGAGAAUUUUUUAAGUUGCGUUUUUUAAACAUUCCUCACAAUGUAAAUUUGUACUAUUUAACUGACUACUUGGUGUAAAAUCUUGUCAUGUGUACAAAAUUAAAAUGUUCACACCAUUUGCUGUA